AGAUGGGAUUAAUCUAGUUUCAUCUAAUGAAUUUGAAUUGGUUCCAUUGUAUUUAUUCCUUUUUUGUGAUUCAUAUCGGGCCAUAUCUUGCCUCUCUAUUCGAGCUCUCUGGAAUGUGAUCGCAGUGAUACUACCUUUUAACUUAAUUUAUUUAAAACGCAUUUGAGAUCACCAUCCAACAACGGUUGCGCUCCGCGCUGAGUGCAAGCGCUAAAAGUCAAUAACCAAAACUCAAAACCGCGGGCUCCGGGAGCACAUAGAUUCGUAAGUCUUUCUUUCACUACCCCGUAAGCAAUUCGUGAGGUGGGCCAACACAGGAGUACCGGGGGGAAAACGCUGUAAAUAGUAGUACGAAAGAGAUGCAACUAGCGUGAAGUGGGGAUGCAUAGUGCGUACGGAUAAGGCAUAUAGUAACUGUAAGAAGUCAGCAGGAGUCAUACAUUCCAUCCAGUUUGCUUUUAAUACGACACUCAUUUUUCGUUUCUCUUGGUUUUUUCAUUUGACGAACCUGUGUAACAUGUACGUAUCAUCUUCAGCUCUAUUUACCGGGACAGGACAACGAGCGACAACGUGACGUACGUGCGCGAUGGAACAUAUAACUGUUAUACCCGUCUGAAUAGAUAAUGGAGUCAAAGUCCGUUGGUGGCAUCCAUGAUCGUGGACAAACGGCACUAGAUAAGUAAUUGGUUAGGUUGGUAGUAAAGCUGCAGCUACUCACUAGCGCACCUUGUGUGCGUGUGUGUUUGUAGGACGUGUGUAGGUGUCCAUUGUUUCUCAGUCGUCCAUUCUGGUUCGUUCAGUUUCUCUAACGCACGCUUACUUCAUGCAUAUCCUUUUCGAACCAUUCAUUUUUGAUAACUCGAAAUAUAAGGGCCAAAAUGGGACGAAACGGAGCAGUGAUCACAGCCCCACUCAGCGCCUGAUUGAUGGUAGCAAGGAUGGAAGGAAUAGAGAGACGAAUGACGAGACAUCCAGCAGAUAUAAUAGUAUUAGAGUUGUUUACUAGCUUGUCCCCGUGUAAACACUGUUGUGAGAAGCUGUGGGAAGGCCGGAUGAUGUGCAAUUAGAGUUCCGAUAGAAUUAGCUCAAAACCGACGAGCAUCCCGAUGCCUGGAAAGCGCACGAUCCUUCCGCGGAUUGUGGCACCAGGCUAAUCCAGGCGUGCAUGUGUGUAUGUGUGCGUGUGCGUGUGUGUGCAAUAGUAUAAAAUGGAUGGAGCGAGCCGGACUAGGGAGCGACUACCAGGGCGUGGGGGCGUGCGAGCGAAUAAGGUUGUUUCAUACAAAAGUAAAAAACAAAAACACACUACAAAUGGUGCAUUAUGAAACCACUCGGAACCAAUCCACUAGUAUUCUUCCAAAGUUUAUCUGCGUGAAGUGAAGCAAAUUCCUCUCAAAUUCGAAACUGGAUGUUCGGUCAUGUGUUUCUCGGCGAAACCCGAAUACUCAAGAGUAGCAGGUAACACAGGACAGGAGGUUGCUAGGCGAGUACUCUCUAGACGAAUUGUUCCAAAACAAGCUAGAGUGGAAGUCUAGGAACUAAUCGCAGCAACCCAAAAAAUUAAAAAAAAAAAAACAACUCAAACCACAAACUCUUAAAUCGAAGUAAUGCAGAAGUAUGAUCUAGAAAACUGGAUAUUAUGGAUAUAAUGUUGAAUGUUGAAUUAAACUUGAUAACCCUUUAGCGAAGCAGGUGCAAGAAUGUGCAAAACGCGAUGCGAAAUCGAAAUACGAAAACAGAUACUCAGACGUUCAAGCUCGAGAGAGAUGCGUGCACUGGUGGAAAUCGGAUGUGAAAACAUCACUUAUGAUCAGCAAGCACGAUCGAACGAUCGUUGAAGAGUAGCAGACCUCGAGGAACACGAGAUUGCGAUACACUAAGCUGUAGAUCAUACCGUUCAUACCACACGUGCUCCUUCGUACGACCAACGGAAAAGGGAAACCCUUUAAAGCGUCGUGCUUCAGCGUCGCAACCGGGGUCCGUUAGUUGGUUGGUUGGUUGGUUGGUGCCACACCUACAGUUAGCAGCUUGGAAGGAUCAAUUGCACCACCUCGGGAAACGGGGACAAGACGAUACAUUUUCGCGAAAGCGAAUGAGAGACCAAACUAACUAGAGUGCGAAAUGCGGUGGUUUCCUAGCUCGAUGUUUCUCCACUGACCAUCGAGCUAGCUCAUGUAGAUUAGUAGAGUUUUAUUGUGCGGUGGUUGAAGGUUUAGCGGUACACUGUUUUAUCUUAUUGGAUUCUUCGGUUCUUUCUUCAACUGUUUGGUACCAUCUUCUAGUUCUAACGAUAUGACAAACAUUCAAUCGACCUCUCGUUUAAAACCAAAAAACGAAUGUUUUAGCAACUUUGUGAUCCAAAAAAUUCAUUCAAAUGCCGUAACCGAAGAAACAGGAUCGAACGGCGAGAGAUCUUGCUUCUCAUUGUUCACUCCCAUCUAUUGGAUUCGGAUAAAUUUAGUUUGCCAUACCAAAUGGCCUCUGAAGCUCUGUUGUCGUCACAGAUCGACAGUAUAGGAGCGAACGGCCGUAUACUCCCGUGUUAGAUGCUGGGGCUAGAAUCAAUACCUAAGAAAACGGUGCGUAAGAUGUUUUUCAACACACUAAUGGUUCAUUAGCUUGUUGAUAGAAAUUCUGAAAUCUGAAUAGAAUAAACCGACAAAGAGAUACUACAAAGUUGAGAUCUAAUCGCCGGGUAAGGAUAGAGCGUAACUUUAACUAACUACUUGGUACGUAACUGCGCGUUCAUUGCAAGAACCGACACCGAUGUAAAAGUCACACAAUAAACACAGAAACUCAAUAUAAACCAAAGCACAGGUCAACAGCAGCAGAAGCAGUCGAUGCCCAAGCAAGCAGCAGGCAAACCAUGCCGGUGGAGGUCACUACAGUGCGGGGCCGCUCCACCAGGUGCAAGGAAAUGUGCAAAUUGAACAAAUACUAUGACAAAUUAUAAUUUUUUAAGUAGAGAA